CCGCCCUGUGGGCGGAGUCUCCCGCCCCGCCCCCGGCGUGCGCGCUCCUGCCGGCGGCCGCCGUGGGCGCGCGGAGGGCUGGGCCUUCCGCACCCGGCCUCGGGAUAAAUACGGCGUCCUGUCGCCGGCCGGGCUGCUGGUACGGCCGGGACCCCGACCUGAGAGGAACAGUGAGCAGAAUGAAUACCCCACAGGACCAGAGUGGCUGCUCCAGUAAUAGAGAACCCCUUUUGAGGUGUAGUGAUGCACGGAGGGACCUGGAACUUGCUAUUGGUGGCGUUCUCCGAGCUGAACAGCAAAUUAAAGAGAACUUGCGUGAGGUCAAGGCUCAGAUCCACAGUUGCAUCAGCCGUCACCUGGAAUGUCUUCGAAGCCGCGAGGUGUGGCUGUAUGAACAGGUAGACCUCAUCUAUCAGCUUAAAGAGGAGACGCUUCAGCAGCAGGCCCAGCAGCUGUACUGGUUACUGGGCCAGUUCAAUUGUCUCAUUCAUCAGCUGGAGUGCACCCAAAACAAAGAUCUAGCCAAUCAAGUCUCCGUGUGUCUGGAGAGACUGGGCAGUUUGACCCUUAAGCCUGAAGAUUCGACUGUCCUGCUUUUUGAAGCAGACACAAGCGCCCUGCGCCAGAACAUCACUUCUUUUGGGUCGCUCAAGACCAUGCAAAUACCUGAGCACCUGACGGCUCAUGCUAGUUCAUCAAAUGCUGGGUCUCUCCUGGAGAACAGAGGCCACAUCCCAAUGCCAGAGCAGAAGGCAGCAUCCCGCACCGCAGCUGUCCCUCUCAGUAACUGGCUCCUUGGAAGCAAACCUGCUGGUGGCUGUCCAGUUCCUUACAUACCCAGCACCAACCUGCAGGACUGGCUUAGCCAAAAGCAGACCGCGGAGAACAGUCAGACACCCGCCAGAGCCUGCCAUUCCUUCAGUAACGUCUGGGAUGACGUGAAGGGCUUAGAAAACUGGCUCCUCAAGAGUCGGCAGGAAAUCCCCGAGAAGCCAAGUUUCCAAAAGCGCCACAGCCCUCCUGCUGGCAGCGCCGUCUCUGCGGAAGUCGGAAAGGUGGAAGAUGGGGAGCUGCUUGGUCCGGAGGAGAUGGACCUGUCUGACUGGCUGCUGACUCCCCAGGCAUCGCCCACGCUGCAGAAGCCUGAGAGUAGCAGCUGGGAAGCCAGCGAGAAGGCGAAGCGCUUGGUCCAGGUCUUCCAGCAGCCCUACAGUGUGAAUGAUUGGCUUGCCAAGCCCGACUCUUGUUCCAACUGUGGGGGCAACCAGCCCAAAGGCGUGGAGAUUGAAAACCUGGGCAGCCUCAAGUGCCUGAACGACCAUCUAGAGGCCAAGAAGCCUUUGUCCACCCCCAGCGUGAUCACGGAAGAUUGGCUCAUCCAGAAGCGUCAGGACCCGUAUAAAGUGGAAGAGGUGUGCAGAGCCAACGAGCCCUGCGCAAGCUUCGCAGAGUGCGUGUGUGAGGAGAAUUGUGAGAAGGAGGCGCUGUGUCAGUGGCUUCUGAAGAAGGAAGGAAAGGAUAAGAAUGGGAUGCCUGUGGAGCUCAAGGCCGCCCCUGCCCCUGGGGCCUGUAAAGGUUCCCUGAGCAUGUGGCUCUGCCCAUCCGGAAAGGAGGCGGCACAGGCUACCGCACCAAAGGCCGCGGCUCCGUCCAGAGUCACCGGUUCCUUCCAAGUCAUAAAGAACAGUCCCUUGUCAGAGUGGCUCAUGAGGCCCUCCCGCAGAGAGCCUGGUACCACAGACGGGCCUGGCCAACCAAAGCUUACAAACCCGGCGGCCACGUCUUGCUGUCCCUUUAACGCUGCCGACUGGGUCCUGCCCAGAAAGAAGACAGGUGACCUCAGCCAGCUAGCCUCUGGGGAGGAUAAGUGGCUCCUGCGGAAGAAGGCUCAGGAAGUCUUACUUACUUCACCACUAAGGGAGGAGCGACCCUUCAGCCCAGACCGUUAUGGCCUCCCAGCAGUCUGUGAUCUCUUUGCCUGUAUGCAGCUUAAAGUUGACAAGGAAAAGUGGCUGUAUCGAACUCCUCUGCAGAUGUGAAGGAAUGGACGGCUCCGCAAGCAGCUUCUCUGCAGACUGUCACACACCCAUGCGCUGAGUGACUGCAGCUUGCCAAAUCACUUCUCGGUCUGAACUGUCAGCUUAGUUCCUUUCCUGCCUAAUUUUGAACUAGCGAAGACAAACAAGUCAUCAGACUCCACGUUCCCGUGUAAAAGACAAGGCUGUUGGUCGAUGCUGAGACGAUGCCGCUCCUUCUUACAGGAUUGACUCACCCCCACACUGGAGCGGCAGCGCUGGUGGAUAGGCCCGCACAAGCUUCCUUGGCUGCUUAGCUUGGGUUGUCACGAGCAGUACAUUAAAACCCUGUCACUGGCAAAUGAGACCUUUCUGGAAUCAACUGUGUUGAUGUGUUCUAAAGCUACCGACCUUCCCCGCCCUGUGGGUUUUCUUCUAUUAAUGGCCUCAAAUAAUGAGCCUUGCCAAUAUAGUGGGUUUUUAUCUCACCAAAAUAUGUGUUCAUCUUGGCAGUUUUUGACAUUAACUACCAAAUAUUUUAACCUAUGUUAUCAGUCCUACGUUGUUUCUUCACUUGAAAUUGAGCAGUUUUUUCUUUGUUCCUUUCUCUGUUAUUAAAGUGCUUUCAGAACGGC